GAUGAUGAAGAUCUAGAUGCCUUUUUGGGCUAACUUCUCGAAAGAUCUUCGAAAAAGUUUGGCUCGAGCUUUGCCAAGAUUCGCCUCUGAUAUCAAAAAAUACUGUUUUCUAUGAGCUGACAAUGGAGUUUGAAGAGUUCGAACGGAGCGAAGAUCUUGAGUGUAUUUGGUCUGAAAGGGAACUUGAAGAGGCUGAAAUUAUCAGAAGCCGGGGGAGUCCAAAGAAGAGAUCUUCACAAGCGCAGAGCAGGUGUAAUAAAGAAUGCAAUGUGUGUGGCAAGAUGUUUAGGAGUACUUCAGAAUUGGUAAGACACAUGCGAACCCACACAGGAGAAAGACCAUUCAAAUGUGAGAUCUGUGAGAAGAAGUUCACUCAAGAAGGUGGUCUUCGAAUACACUUAAGAGUUCACACUGGUGAGCGGCCUUAUACGUGUGAUAUUUGCGGAGAGAGAUAUACAAUACUUCCUAAUCUUAGAAGACACCAGAUGAAUCACAGCGGAGAAAAACCCUUCGCUUGUGAGUAUUGUGGGCAAACAUUUGCACGGAGAAGUGAUGUUGAAAGACAUGAACGUAUUCACACUUCAGAAAGGCCUCAUUUGUGCAAUGUUUGUGGCAGGACUUUCACACAGUCAGGUAAUCUUAAUGUUCACAUGAGGACACACACUGGUUCGAAGCCAUACCAAUGCCACAUCUGCCAGCAACCAUUCAGUCAUGCAACCAGUCUUAAAAACCACGUUUUUGCGAUUCACAAAGAGAAUACAAACUCGCUAAAUAGUAACAAACGCUUCCCUGUCUCUCCAAAAAUGCGGUAGCCCCUGGAUCUUCAUACGUGGAAGUCUUCAUCGUACAUUCAAAAGCUGAAGAAGGGUUCCCAAAUCGAAUCUAUCCGAUCACAUGAAAGAAACAAAAGAAGCCUAGAAAACAACUAAAUAUCGUGUUGAAUAACGAAAUAAAAAAGCAUCACAGGAAAGAAUCUGAUUUGAUCAGCUCGACUGCAGAAGAAUACAGGACGUGUUGAAUAUGUACGAUUUGUAUCAUCUUUAUUCGUCAUUUCAAUUGACGUUUCAAACUGUUUGAUCAAUGAACUGUUUGAGCAACUGUUUCAAAUAUGGUUUCAGCAACUGCGUUUGUUCUGUUUUUUUGUUGUCAAGUUUUUGUUUUAAAACUGAAUUUCUGGUGUGGAUAAUUAUUUACCGCCGCAAUAAAUCGAAUUUAUUUA